UUUGCUUCUUCUCCAAGCACGUCCUCCUCCUUGUUAUUUCUUCGCUGUUCUGAGGAUAGCUCCCUGCCUUCGUCUAUAGGAAUCUCAUUUGCAUUUUGUCUUGCUCAGCCUUUCCAAUUCUUCGUCGUCUUCUUCUUAAGCGAUGUUGGUCUCCAGGGUUUUGUCUCGAGUCUCCAGGAGUGUCUCCCGAAGCUCCUCGCUUUACUCUUCCUGGGAAAGGCCUCAAAACUUGACUACACUCUCCAAUCAGUUUCAUUCCCUUCUUCAUCCAUCUCCCAGUACGCUGAUUCCAGCUCAAGUCAAUUCAUUGUGGCCACCUAUAAAGGCCUCAUCUACUCCAAGAUGCGGAUUUUCUUCAUCAGCAUCGCCCGAAACGAAUGAGAAAGAACAGGGUAAUGCAACUGCUGAUUCUGCCAAAACUAGUGAUGAUGCAAACAUAAGUGAUCAGGCUGAAAAUUCUGAAGCUGCAAAUCAAACCCAAGAAUCAGGUUCUGUCUCAGAAUCUCAGUCUGAGUCUGUCAAACGAAGAAGAGGUACUAAGCGAACUGCAUUUUCUGAUUCAGAUUCAGAGAGUGAAUCUGAUUUAUCCAGGGAUGACUUGAUAAAGCUUGUAGCUGAGAAAGCAGAACUCUUGAAGUUGAAGCACAAAGAGAUUGAGAAAAUGCAGGAUAAGGUUCUACGUACUUAUGCGGAGAUGGAGAAUGUCAUGGACAGGACUAGACGUGAAGCAGAGAAUUCAAAAAAAUUUGCUGUCCAGAAUUUUGCAAAGAGUCUUCUAGAUGUUGCAGACAAUUUGGGGAGAGCUUCCUCAGUUGUGAAGGAAAGUUUUUCAAAAAUCGAUGCAUCCAAAGACUCUUCAGGUGCAGUGCCAAUCCUGAAAACACUUCUGGAAGGUGUUGAAAUGACUGAUAGACAACUUUCUGAGGUACUGAAAAAGUUUGGUGUCGAAAAAUUUGAUCCUACAAAUGAACCAUUUGAUCCUCACAGACAUAAUGCCGUCUUCCAAAUCCCUGAUGGCUCCAAACCUCCAGGCACUGUUGCAGCUGUGCUGAAGGCAGGGUAUAUGCUUUAUGAUCGAGUGAUUCGUCCAGCAGAAGUUGGUGUAACCCGAGCAGUGGAGGAAGAUAACAAUGCGACUGAGAACGGAAAUAACUGAUGAGGGCUCUGGGAAAAAAAGUACAGAAAUGGCUGAGUGGGAUAUUUUUGCAUAUAGUUCGAGGUACUUCAGUUUAAAGUUAAAACGGGAAUCUGUACGUUUAGAAGCAUGUUGAUCUUCUCCAGAUUAAAGGACCAUAUUUUCCACCACUCAUGAGACUUAUUCUUUUCUCCUGAUCUUAGAAAUAGACUGGUAUUGUUUUGUAAUAACCAGGCGCCAUUAAAUGGUUGGAUUUUUGUUGUGCUGAUGCUAUUUAAGUUAUACAGAUUCAUUAUCAUUUUAGUAAGAUCUUCGGCUGGAUGGCCUAUGGGCCCUUCACCCAAGCAUUUCAACCA